GCGCUCGGCCUAAUGGCGGCGGCAGCCGGGCCCGGGGCGGCGCUGUCCCCGCGGCCGUGCGACAGCGACCCGGCCAGCCCCGGAGCACCGUCCCCGAAGGAUGAUAAUGAAGAUAAUUCAAAUGAUGGGACUCAGCCAUCCAAAAGGAGGCGGAUGGGCUCAGGAGACAGCUCCAGGAGCUGCGAGACAUCCAGUCAGGAUCUCAGCUUUAGUUACUAUCCAGCAGAAAAUCUGAUUGAGUACAAAUGGCCACCUGAUGAAACAGGAGAGUACUAUAUGCUUCAAGAACAAGUUAGUGAAUAUUUGGGUGUGACCUCCUUUAAACGGAAAUAUCCAGAUUUAGAGCGACGAGAUUUGUCUCACAAAGAGAAACUCUACCUGAGAGAGCUAAAUGUCAUUACAGAAACUCAGUGCACUCUAGGUUUAACAGCAUUGCGCAGUGAUGAAGUGAUUGAUUUAAUGAUAAAAGAAUAUCCAGCCAAACAUGCUGAAUAUUCUGUUAUUCUACAAGAAAAAGAACGUCAGCGCAUUACAGAUCAUUAUAAAGAGUAUUCUCAAAUGCAACAACAGAAUACUCAGAAAGUUGAAGCCAGCAAAGUGCCUGAGUACAUUAAGAAAGCUGCCAAAAAAGCAGCUGAAUUUAACAGCAACUUAAAUCGGGAGCGGAUGGAAGAAAGAAGAGCUUAUUUUGACUUACAGACACACGUUAUCCAGGUGCCUCAAGGGAAGUACAAAGUGUUGCCAACAGAACGGACAAAGGUCAGUUCUUACCCAGUGGCUCUCAUCCCCGGACAGUUCCAGGAGUACUACAAGAGGUACUCACCAGAUGAACUGCGAUAUUUGCCUCUGAACACAGCCCUGUAUGAGCCCCCUCUGGACCCUGAGCUCCCUGCAUUGGACAGCGAUGGUGAUUCAGAUGAUGCUGAAGAUGGGCGUGGUGAUGAGAAGCGGAAACAUAAGGGCACUUCGGACAGCUCCUCAGGCAAUGUGUCAGAAGGGGAGAGCCCUCCCGAUGGCCAGGAGGAUGCCUUCCCGGGAAGACAGAAGUCAAAAGACAAAGCCGCUCCUCUGAGAAAGGAUGGCUCCAAACGUUCUGUACUGUCCAAGUCAGUUCCUGGGUACAAGCCAAAGGUCAUUCCAAAUGCCCUAUGUGGAAUUUGUCUGAAGGGUAAGGAGUCCAACAAGAAAGGAAAGGCUGAAUCACUUAUACACUGCUCCCAGUGUGAUAACAGUGGCCAUCCUUCUUGCCUGGAUAUGAGCAUGGAGCUUGUUUCUAUGAUUAAGACCUACCCAUGGCAGUGUAUGGAAUGUAAGACAUGCAUUAUAUGUGGACAACCCCACCAUGAAGAAGAAAUGAUGUUCUGUGAUGUGUGUGACAGAGGCUGCAUAAGCACUAUAAUGACACGAAGACAUGGCCUGUAGACCCUUCUAUUCAAUCAUGACUGAAGCUGCGACCAACCAGGUCGCUGGAUUUGUGACUGUUGUCAGCGAGCCCCCCCAACACCCAGGAAAGUGGGCAGAAGGGGGAAAAACAGCAAAGAGGGAUAAAAUAGUUUUUUGACCUAAAUGUUACAUUCCUGAAGUGGAAUAUUUGGUGCCAAUUUAUUUACAUUUUCAUUUUUAUGCCAAUAAAAGAUUUUUGAAAUUAAC